GUUUUUAAGCAUGAAAAUAAUCAUGACUACUGAUCUAGAAGUAUGAUCCGUAUUAAUGACCAAAUGUUACUUUGAUCUAUUGAUACAAUUAUGACCGUACAAUACUAGUCGAUCCAAACCAUAAUUUUGUUAGCUGUUAUACCGGUCAAUGAGAUCUGAGAACAUAGAAUGGAAGUGGAUGAUAUUGUUGUUGUACAGGCUGGAAGAUGGAUCUUGUAUAGCACUGGUGAAUGGGAGUUCAAGAUGGAUUCUUAUCGGCAGGGGAGGGCGUUGAGUUUGAUGGGUUUAAAAACUUUCAGGGAUUUGGAGCUUAAAGUGAGGCAACUGUACAGAAUGGAGAGGAGCUCGAUAUCAACUGAGCUUAGCUACAUGUUUGAGGACAAUUUAGCACUGUUAGCUGGUGUUCAGCCGGGCCCGACAAUGAUUCGGUGUGAUCGGCAGUUUCGAAGCUUUAAAUCUUUAAGCAUUCAUGAUAAAUCUGUGAACCUGUUCGUGUGUUUUAGAGAAGGCGAUGGAGUCAAAGUUGGGCCUACUCCUGAAGCUCGAAGGAUCGGGAGUUGUUUUGCUAAGGGUUUAGAACUAGGAGAUUCAUCUGCAGGUAUCGUAGAGGCUGUAGGUAAUUCAAGAGCGACAGAGGAAGUUGGAUACUUUUCUGGACUUUUAUCUGCAGUUCAAGACAAUAACACUGUUUAUCCUCCAGUUCAAGGCAAUAACUCUCAGUUAGCAAUCGCACAGAGUUCAGAUGUUAUUGACAGCUCCGGUGGGUGGGACAUAAGUGAUGAAAUCCUGUUAGCUGCCGUUGAAGCAGUGGAGAAGUCGUCUAAAACAGAUUUGGUUGCUUUCACAGGGCUAACCACAUCUGUAGCAGUGGAAGAUGGAAUGGAGAGCAGUGGAGAUGAAGAGUGUUCCGAAAACUCCGAUGAUUCUUAUACUUACAGUGGAGGUAGUGAAUCAGAAGAUGAUGAUUACGAUUACGAGAACAACACGGUAGGUAGGCUUGAAGCUGGAAGAGAAAUUGUGGGAGAUGAAGACAGUGGGGAUGAUGAUUUUGUUGAGCAACCCCCGAAAAAGAAAGUCAGACAGAAAGAAAAAGGGAAAGGAAUUGAAGAAAGGACUGACAAUCUUGCAUGUGUAGGAGGUGUUAUGACAGAGUUUCUUCACACUAUUCAGAAGGGGAUAAGCAUUGAUGAAGUUUAUGGUUAUGAGGACAUUGAGCCAAUGUUUGGAGACGAUGAUAUGGAUAGGAAAGCAGCUCAUGUUGACUUGAGCAAAGAGGAUGACAAUAUGAAGAAAAUAUCUAGAACUGUCGGAGACAUUCCAAUUGCUGUUGAAAGAGAGCUGCUGAAACGUUUCAAAGGUGGAUUGGGGAUGACAGUUUUGGCUGUUGGUAGGUGGGAUUUUGAAGUAGUCGCAAAGGAUGGAGAACAGUUCCUCGUCUCCUUGGAACAACAGACUUGCUCUUGCUUGGAGUUUCAAAAAAUUAGAAUUCCCUGUGUUCAUGCGAUGGCUGCAGCUCAUGACAGGAAUUUGGAAUUCAGAACGUUGGUUGGAGAGAUGCAUAGGCUGGAAAUGUGGUCACCAACGGUCCAAGAAUCUAUCCUCCCAGUACGCGAUCCAUCGGAGGUGGAUGUUCCUGAGGAAAUAAGAGUUUUAUGUUUAAUGCCUCCGAAAACAAAAAGACCCCCGGGGAGACCCCCAAAGCUGCGGAUACAUUCAGUUGGGGAAUAUGAGGGGAAUAAUAAGUCAAAACAGCCUAACAAGUGUGGAAGAUGUGGAGGUGUAGGUCACAAUCGGGUUACGUGUACCAACCCACUUGGUUGACGCUUUGGAAUGUAAGCAAGAUGUGUAAGGCUUUUUGGGGAGUUUGUCUUAUCAAUGGAGGAGGAUUUUGGCAGGGGUCGUUUUUUGGUAAUUUAAAAUGUAUUGUUUUCGGAAGGGGUAGACAUUCAUAUGAAAUAUGUUCGGAGACAAAUUUCAGAUAAAUGUCUCUUUUUAGG